AGUAGCAGUAGAGAAGAAUAGUAGGGUCUGGAUGUGUGGUGCAACAACUAAAUUAGAAAGAUAGUGAGAGAUAAGAGGAUAAACAAACAUCCAACACCCCCUCCCCCUCCAGCACCGAAACCCAUCUCUCACGUACACAGAAACAGAUAAAUAAAGGGAGAGCUCUCAAGCUCAGUGCCUCAGAUUUCUUUUGAGUCUCAUACUCUCAGUAUUCCCUUUCAGGAGGGGGUUUAUAUGUGCACUCUCAGUCCUAGUGGUCUUCCUCCACGCAAAGAAAAACCCCAUCAGCUGCUGCAACGCCCAAUCUCAUACUCAUUCACUUUUAUUUUCUCAGUUUCUUUCUAUAUUUCCAUUUUGGGGUUGAGAGAAGAUCUGCAUAAUGAGGAUCCGAAAGCGAUGGCCCCUUCCUCCUCCUCCUCCUACUCUUCCACCACCACCACCACCAUCAUCGCCUCCUCCAGUUAAAGUUACACCAGAUCUCCCUUGUACGAGACCCCUUGAUCCUCAAUCUCAAUCACUUGGUGGCGAUGGUGGUGGUGGUGUUGGUGGUGGGUUGUACUCCCUCGCUGAUCUCUCCGUUCAUGUCAGUAACAGACAAUCCACUUCGCCGCCUCACGAUUCACCCAAUCCAUCCCUCCGCCAACGCCCCGAUCUACAGCUCACGAUUGUCAGAGGAACCAACGGCUGGAUUUGCGCCGGCACCGGGAGAGAUGUGAAUCCCGAAGGGAGGGCGGAUUCCAAUUGCAGUUGCCUACACCUCGUUCCCUCUCCUCCUACCCAUCUCCAGAAAUCUCAAGUUGUGGCAUCUCUCGUCGCUAACGGGGGAGGAACAGUAGGAAAGCAUGUUGAGAAGAAGAGUUUGGCCGCUGCAAACAAUCAGAUAAACGAGAACAACCUUGGUGCAGCCACAUCUUUCGGAAUCUCAGCUUCACCAUCUUUGUUUCAUCAAGGUAAGAGAUGGUGUGAAGGAGAGAAAGCGUUUCCAUUGAAGAAGAGAAGAGGGAGCUUUGAGAGGAGGUUAACCGACAAUACGAUAAUGGAGAAAGAGAAGAAAAUGAAAACUAAAGUGAGAAGCAAGGUAGCAAAGAAAUGGGUUCAUGAAAACGAAGAAGAAGACGACGAUGAUGAAAAACAUGGAGAAGUACUGCGACAACGAGGAAGAGAAGAUGGGGUGGUGAACAGUAAAGGUGGAAAGAAGAGAGGAAAUGGAGGUUUGAUAAUGGAGGGUUCUAGGUGUAGCCGUGUCAAUGGAAGAGGCUGGAGAUGUUGUCAACAGACCCUCGUGGGUUACUUUCUAUGCGAGCACCACUUGGGUAAGGGACGACUUAGAAGCAUGAGCAGUGUUCGUAACCGUGCUUCCACCAUUGCUAAUAAUAAUAGACCUAAUCAUAAGAAGCUGGAAGAUGAAAGUGGGUUGUUAUCGUCAUCGUCAUCUUCGACUAGUAAUACUCAGUGUUUGAAUAAGAGCUUAGACAAGGAGUCGCUGGAAGAAGACGACGACGAUAAAGAAGAAGAUGAGAAGCCAUUGAAGAAGAUUGGUAUGGUUAAGGCUCGAUCUAUAAGAAGCUUGCUUGGCCAAACGCUUCUAGCACCAGCGGUAACCCUACGACAAUCUUCUAAUCCUAUUGGACAUAACAUGGUAGCAUGAAUGAUAUAUGACCUGUAUGAAUCAUAUGCUGAUUGUAUGAAAAACCUUAACACCUAUGUAUACUGAUUCCGGUGUGGACCUGGAUCGAUUCAUUGGGACCAAUCCGAAUCUCAAUUCCGGAUUUUUAUUAAA